GUUGAACAUUAGUGACAUCCAACUUGACAUCCUUUGUGACAUUUUCACAUGCUGUAAAAUCCUCUCCACCAGAAAGACAAGGUUCUCAAGCAACUCUCUGCUCCAGAAAAGGGCGUAUGUAUGUCAAGAAAGAAUGAACGAUAUUUCAAAGUACAUGGGGUUGCACUGCAUGGAAAAUAUCCUGGUGUGGAUGGUGUUGAUCCCAAGUCAAGAUAUGUUGCAUUGGGAGGUGUUCAAGGACAAGAGGUGACAAUGAAAAAGAAAAAAACAUCAGCACCCAUCAAAAGUAUGCCAAAAAAGAAGCAAAAUGAACGUCAGUUUCCGAUCAUUAAAAAAAUCACUAAAAAAGAAAGACUUGCCAAUAUUAGAGUGAGGCUUAUCUCAUUGAAAUAUGUUUAUAAAUGGCAGCAGAAGACAUUUGGGAGGGUUUCACCAUCAAAAGCAAGACACCACUAUAAUCGAAAAUUGCUGAAAAGGUUGUUUCAACAAUGGGAAGAUGUUUGGUGGAAUGGUAGAAAUGAAUGGAAACUAAACAUCAGAGCUGACUAUCAUAACAGGUUUCGUAUGUGGUUGAAGGUUUGGAAAGGAUGGCGUUCAUAUCUGACAUAUGAGAGAAUUAAAACAGAGAAAAUGAAUCUUGCAAACCAGAAAGCAAAUCAAAUGCUUUUGAAGAAAUCGAUUAUGAAUUGGAAGAGUUAUGUCAGCAAACGGAGAGAGAAAAAGCAGCUUUACUGCCAAGCUGAGGAAGAUGCAGAAAUCAUAGUUAAAAGAAUGGUGUUUUCAAAGUGGAAGAACUCCCUCAAAGUCAGACAAGAAUUGCAUUCAAUGGAAGAACAAGCCUUGCAUUUCUGGGCACAUAACUUGUUCUAUAAAGCUUGGCAAAGAUGGCUUCACAGUUACUCCACAGCGCUUGAUGAAAAACGCCAAACUCUGUAUGCAAUCCAACUUCACAACAGAAAACUAGCGUUCAAAGUUCUGCGCUCUUUCAAAUUAUAUCGUUUGCAGAGAAAUGUGAAAAAACUCCGUCUCUCCUCUGGUAUGCGGUUUUAUCGUUUGCAUAAAAUGCGCGAUGCGUUUUUAAAAUGGAGAAUAAUCUGGGAACGCAAAGUGGAGUUGUUUCAGUUCGAGGAUACUGUGAAAUGUAAAGGGAACAACGCCAGAAAACAACGAGUAUUCAUUCACUGGAAACACUAUAUCGUCUUGUGUCAUCGUCGAAGGGAAAAUGAAUGCAUUGCAAUGAAUCAUUUUGAAAUGACUUUGAAGACGAAAUGCAUCAGAGCAUUCCAGACGAGAGUUGAGAUCAAAAGAAGAGCGGCUUUAUUUAAUCUCACUGCAGAGAAAUUUUACAAAGUCUCGUUGAUGAAAAAAUUCUGGAUUUCGUGGCUGAGAUCUUGCGACCAGAGAGAAGAUCUUCGUCAGAUGAGUUCAAUCAAUUUCGUUCAAAAUCAUUACAGAAAGUGUUUAUUGAGAAAAAUGCUGAACCUUUGGAGACGAUAUUGUGAGCUUAGAAGAUUGGAACACGAACAGAAAUUUAAGGCGGAUAUAACGGCGAGACGGAACAUGCUACCAAAGUACUUUUCCCGUUGGGAGGAAUUCGUUGAUCUCGUAAAGUCCCAACGUAUCAAUCAGAGAAGAGCUGAAGAAUUUCGGAGGGAAUGUCUCCUGGCAAAGACGUUUUAUCGCUGGUUGCAGGAGCACCAUCUCACGUUGGAUGUGCAGAUGCUGCAUCGAAUGGCUAUUAUUUCCUACGAUGAAAAGCUCAGGAAGGAAUUCUUCCACGUUUGGUUGACAAGAACAAGAUUGAGGAUAAAAGAAAACCGUUUAAUGGGGCGAAGCCAGGACCAUUAUCAACGACAACUGAAGAAGAAAUGUUUUGUGUCGUGGAGAGAAUAUAUCAAACAUCUAAAUUUCGGUUUCCUUCAGUCGAAGAUGGCUGUGCGACAUCAAAAUAGGAAAUUAAUGUUGAUGUGCUGGGAAAAUUGGACGAAGUUUGUGAUCAAGAAGAGAGAAAAAUGGAGAAUGCUUAUCAAGGCAGAUUUACAUUUUAACCGAAAAAUCCUGGGGAAAAUAGUUGGAUCGUGGAAGAUAUAUUGCGAGGAAUGGAGAGCGGUGAAAUCAUUUGUUGAAGAGAAGAAAGUGUUUCAUGACCAAACGACUUUAAGACUUCGGUUCGAGUGUUGGCGGGAAAAUGCUGGGUGUUUGAGAAAAAGCAAGGAACAUUAUCAAAUAUCAUUUCGACAUUGGAAAAGCAAGAUAAUAACCAGGAUUUUUUCAGCAUGGCAGUCAUACGCUGAAGAUCGUUCCUGGAAGAGACAGCAAGCGUUUCGUAGAAUCGUUGAAGCCAAAAGACAUCUUGAACGAGGUAAACUUUGUCGUGCAUUUUGCCAAUGGAAGAAAGAAUAUCGAUUCAAAGUUUCCUCCAACGAAAAAUGGAUGAUAGCUGCUGAGCAUUGGAAGAGAAAUGUGCUGAAACACUCUUUUGAUGUUUUAAAGAAAUACAGAUUCCUUGGGUAUCGAAAACAGGUAUUACGUCAGCAGUGUAUGUUGUAUCACAAUGAAAGAAUAAUUGCGUUGCAUUGGAAAGUCUGGCGAUCAAAAUAUGCUGAACGUAAGAAAUUUUUGAAGAAAUCUCACAUGGCUCUUUGGAUGUGGAGUUUUUGUCUGCAACGAAAGGCCUUUGUCGCAUGGUUUCACUAUGUCGAAGAGAAAAAGAGAAAGAAGAUAGCCAUUAACGAAGCCUUGACAAGAAGACGACAGCGACUGCAUAAAGUGACUGUCAUUCAUUGGAUCAAGUUCGCAACCUAUUUCAUGGCUGAACGAGAAAGAUUUGCGGCAACAAGGCAUAUUCAGCUUUCCCAAAACGUGCAAAGAUGCGUUCAGAAAUGUGCGAUUCAUUGGAGACGAAGGACGGUACGAAAUCGCGGUAAACGACGUCAGAUUACGAGUUUGAAUCGACCAAUAGCGACCAGUUUUGAUAAAAAUAUCACGACAGUCAAGGAAGUGCACGCGAGAACCUCGGUACCAGAUAUCGCUCCUGUCAAAAGACCGCAACCCAGGGUACCGGAAUAUUUACGAGAAAGCUUCAAUCUCUCGGAAUUAUCUGAACACCCUCCAUCAUCAACGGUCGCUGAAGAUAUUCCGAGAAAGUUGCCUCAGAAUCUUCAACCUUUCAUUCAACCUGAACGUUUACCUGAACCACCUGCUUAUUCAAGUUCAGUAACCAGUCGUACCAGUUCUAAUACCAGUCAGACUGGUUCUGAUGAAGUGAGCAGACCUUUGAAUUCUCAGAAAAUUUCUAAGAAAGCUGAUGGUAGUAAAUCUAAGAAACCUGUCCUGUUACCACCAUCUUCCUUUGAGCAAACCAAGAGUAAGAAGAGAGAAGAAAAGAUUCCUUCUCAAGAACUUAAAGAGACGUGUGGAAUACGGAAAUGUAAGGGCAAGGUGAAAUUGGAGUCUUCGCGCCCCCAAAUCAAUGGAAAUUCUAAAUCUGGUGUCAUCCCCAGCUUCCUAACAGAUAAAAACAGUCAACAAUCGAUAGUGCAGCUUCGUAAUAGAAUGUUGAAGUACUACACAAUAACCACCCAGUUAAGGGAUUCAGGACGUAAGCUAGAAAGAUUACGUCAUUGGUCGCGUCACGUGAAAGAAAAUGGCCAAGGAUUGAACGAAGAAGAAAGAAUGCUUGUGGAUGAUAUUAUUAACGAGUUAUCGGAAAACGUGAAAACCACAAGUCAUAACUUGGAAGAAAGCUACAAGACAAUCGCAAACGACCUGGAAAAAUUACUGGACAAAGUUUCGUGAGUAUCGCAAAGUAAUGUAUGUACUCUUGAUUGUUUGUAUGAGGAGCUGAGGUUUUUGACACGCUAUCAUUCGCUAUACAUUUUGUCUAUAUAAAUAUAUUUAUUUAAAUACUAUUUAACAUCUAUAUUUUUAUAAAAUCACAUAAUUACGUCUGUAGAGAAAUUGAUAUAAAUAGGUUUAUAUUCUAUGAUAAAUAUCAAAUAUUUUGUCAUCUAUUUGUUC